AUGUCAAAACCUAAUUAUGAUGAGUUGGCUCCUCGUCCAGAGGUAUUUGACUUCAAUGGAGUAACAAUGAUCAACGCUUUCACUGACAACUGGGAAAAUGUGCAAAACUUUCAAGCCCGACCUGACGAUAUUGUUGUUGCAACCUAUCCCAAAGCAGGAACAACGUGGGUCUCAUGCAUUCUGGACCUGCUGUAUUUUGGACAGACACAUCCAGAGCGGCAGACCUCCAUCCCCAUCUAUCUGAGAGUGCCCUUUUUGGAAAUGGCCCUUUAUAGUUCAGAAAUCAAUUUUGUGGGAGUAGACAUCGUCAAUAAACUUGACACUUCGCCACGACUGAUUAAAACCCAUUUUCCAGUUCAGUUUUUGCCCAAGUCUUUUUGGGAGAAUAAUUGCAGGAUUGUGUACGUGGCUCGUAAUGCCAAGGACAACAUGGUCUCCUACUUCCACUUUGACCGCAUGAACGCAGCGCAACCAGCGGCCGGAGAGUGGAAAGACUUCUUCCAGAGAUUUCUAGACGGAAAAAUGGUAUUUGGAUCUUGGUAUGACCACGUAAACGGUUGGUGGCAGAAGAAAAAGACAUACCCCAAUUUGCAUUAUAUGUUUUUUGAGGACCUUGCAGAGAACACAGAUUUGGAGAUAACUAAACUGUGCAGCUUCCUUGGGCUGUCCGUGAGCCCAGAGAUCCGUCAACACAUCACAGGUGAAGUCCAGUUCGACAACAUGAAGAACAACAGCAUGGCCAACUACUCCACGUUAGGCCACGGAAUCAUGGAUUUCAACACGUCUCCCUUCAUGAGAAAAGGCAAAGUUGGCGACUGGAAAAACCACUUCACCGUGGCCCAAAAUGAAAAGUUUGAUGAAGAUUAUCAGCAAAAAAUGAAGGACCACACGCUGCAGUUUCGCUCAUUGUUGUGA